CCAGGACAAGGAGUAAUAAUACCACUCUGUCUGUGUAAAAUAGUCAUUUAACUUAUUCGGAUAAUAAUUCGCCUUAAAAACGCCUUAUUUUUCAUUUUUUUGUUAACAAUCAACGUUUAUAGCACUCGGGAAUCAGAUACUGCUUCAGUGGAAAUAUGAUGAUUUUUCACUCAUGAGCGGCUGUCACAGUAUAACAAGCUAGAUAGCCUGUUGUGGAAACUAAUUUUUCAAGUAUAUUUUGCUUCUUUUGUUUCGUCGCUGUGUGCAAUUGAAUCCAAUGGUGCUGUGAUAAACACUGUUUGAGUAAAACUGUAGGGAUAGUGGACAGACGCCACACUCUGUGAUGGAUAAUGCUCAUACUAAGACGGUGGAGGAGGUUUUAGGCUUCUUCAGUGUAAAUGAGUCUACAGGUCUGAGCUGUGAGCAGCUGAAGAAGAACAGGGAGAGAUGGGGGCCCAACGAAUUGCCCGCUGAAGAAGGAAAGUCACUAUGGGAACUGGUCCUGGAACAAUUUGAGGAUCUGUUGGUUCGAAUCUUGCUGCUGGCUGCGUGUAUAUCCUUUACCUUGGCUUGGUUCGAAGAAGGGGAGGGCACAAUCACGGCCUUUGUUGAACCCUUCGUCAUCCUCCUCAUCCUCAUCGCCAAUGCUAUUGUAGGAGUAUGGCAGGAGCGCAAUGCAGAGAACGCCAUUGAGGCUCUGAAGGAGUACGAGCCAGAGAUGGGAAAGGUGUACCGACAGGACAAGAAGAGUGUCCAGAGAGUCAGAGCCCGAGACAUCGUUCCUGGAGACAUAGUGGAGGUCGCUGUUGGUGAUAAGGUCCCUGCUGACAUCAGGCUGACGUCCAUCCGUUCCACCACGCUGAGAGUGGACCAGUCCAUUCUGACAGGGGAGUCUGUGUCGGUGCUCAAACACACAGACCCUGUACCAGACCCCCGAGCCGUCAACCAGGACAAGAAGAACAUGCUCUUCUCUGGCACCAACAUUGCAGCGGGCCGUGCCAUCGGGGUUGUCGUGGCAACAGGGGUGCAGACAGAGAUUGGGAAAAUCCGAGAUGAGAUGGCCUCAACUGACCCAGAAAGGACCCCGCUGCAACAAAAACUAGACCAGUUUGGAGAACAGCUGUCUAAGGUCAUCAGUGUGAUCUGUGUGGCAGUGUGGGCCAUCAACGUGGGACACUUUAAUGAUCCGGUCCACGGAGGCAGCUGGCUGAGAGGAGCUGUUUACUAUUUCAAGAUCGCUGUUGCACUGGCUGUAGCCGCCAUACCUGAAGGUCUUCCAGCCGUCAUCACUACCUGCUUGGCACUGGGCACCAGGAGGAUGGCCAGGAAGAACGCCAUCGUCCGCAGCCUGCCAUCAGUGGAGACGCUGGGUUGCACCUCGGUUAUCUGCUCUGACAAGACGGGCACACUGACCACCAACCAGAUGUCAGUCUGCAGGAUGUUUGUAGUAGACAGUGUGUCGGGGGAUCGCUGCAGCCUGAACGAGUUUUCAGUGACUGGAUCUACUUACGCCCCUGAAGGGGAAGUUUAUAAGGACGGCUCAGUGGUGAAGUCCAGUCAGUAUGAAGGCCUGGUGGAGAUGGCCUCCAUCUGUGCGCUGUGCAAUGACUCAUCACUGGACUACAAUGAGGCAAAGGGUGUGUAUGAGAAGGUCGGGGAGGCGACAGAGACUGCCCUCUGCUGUCUGGUGGAGAAAAUGAAUGUGUUCGACACUGACCUGAGAGGACUGAGCCCUGCUGAGAGAGCUACAGCAUGUUGCUCAGUGAUUAAGCAGUUGAUGAGGAAGGAGCUGACGCUGGAGUUUUCCAGAGACAGGAAGUCCAUGUCUGUCUUCUGUUCAUCCAAUAAACUCACCAGGUCGGCCUCUGGAGCCAAGAUGUUUGUCAAGGGAGCUCCAGAGAGCGUGUUGGAGCGCUGCAACUAUAUCCGGAUCAGCGGUUCUGCUCGUGUGCCUUUGAGCCCGGCGGUUCGAGAGCAGCUCCUGUCCACUGUGCGGGAAUGGGGAUCGGGCCGAGACACGCUGCGUUGCCUCGCCAUGGCAACCAGGGACUCACCUCCUGACAUUAACUGUCUCAACCUGGAGAACUCAGCUGCCUUUGCUGACUAUGAGUCUGACCUGACCUUUGUGGGCUGUGUGGGCAUGUUGGACCCACCCAGGAAGGAGGUGCUUUGUGCAGUCCGCAUGUGUCGGCAGGCUGGCAUAAGAGUCAUCAUGAUCACAGGUGACAACAAAGGGACAGCGCUGUCUAUAUGUCGGAGGGUGGGCAUCAUCACAGAGCAGGAAGAGGAGCAGGAGGGCGCGGGGGUUAUCGGGGGCCUGACGGGGAGAGAGUUUGAUGAGCUGCCUCCUCACCUUCAGCGACAGGCCUGCAGGACGUGCCGAUGCUUCGCACGAGUGGAACCAGCACACAAGAGUCGUAUCGUGGAGUACCUGCAGAGCCUCAGUGACAUCACUGCCAUGACAGGUGACGGGGUGAAUGAUGCACCUGCAUUGAAGAAGGCGGAGAUCGGUAUUGCUAUGGGCAGCGGAACAGCAGUAGCCAAGUCUGCCUCUGAGAUGAUCCUGGCUGACGACAACUUCUCCACCAUCGUGGCUGCAGUGGAGGAGGGCAGAGCCAUUUACAACAACAUGAAACAAUUCAUCAGAUACCUGAUAUCGUCCAACAUCGGAGAGGUGGUCUGUAUUUUCCUAACGGCUGCACUGGGCAUGCCCGAAGCGCUGAUCCCAGUCCAGCUGCUAUGGGUCAACCUUGUUACCGACGGUUUCCCAGCAACAGCUCUGGGCUUCAACCCUCCAGACCUGGACAUCAUGUCCCGCCCUCCCCGCUCACCCAAAGAGCCUCUGAUCUCCAGCUGGUUGUUCUGUCGCUACCUCAUCAUCGGAUGUUAUGUGGGAGCUGCUACUGUAGGAGCUGCUGCCUGGUGGUUUAUGGCGGCCCACGACGGACCAAAACUUUCCUUCUAUCAACUGUCCCACUACCUGCAGUGCAGUGAGGGCCACGUUGAGUUUGCUGGUGUGCAGUGUUCGGUCUUUGAGUCUCCUUAUCCCAUGACUAUGGCUCUGUCUGUCCUGGUUACCAUAGAGAUGUGCAACGCCUUGAACAGUCUAUCGGAGAACCAGUCCCUGCUGAAAAUGCCUCCCUGGUCAAACCCCUGGCUGGUGGGCGCCAUCUGUCUGUCCAUGGCUCUGCACUUCCUUAUCCUAUAUGUCGACCCGCUGCCGGUAAUUUUCCAGAUACGUCCUCUGUCCUGGCCUCAGUGGGUGGUGGUGCUGAAGAUGUCACUUCCUGUCAUCUUGAUGGACGAGGCUCUUAAAUUCCUGGCCCGCAACUACAUCGAGCCAGGGAGCCAGAUCCAGUCACUGGAAGAGGAGGAGGAGCUGCGGAGGACAGGGGCUAGCACAGGAUUAGCGGGCGCCAUUAUGACGAGGCUGCGCCAGUCACUGAAGGGCGUGUCCUGGUCGUUCGUCCUGAUCUCUGCGCCACUUGUGAUCUGGAUCUUCAGCCUGGACUCUGACAUCACCAACAUCUUCUGGGAGUGAUGGCAGACAGAGAGGACAGGUGGACUGUGGGGGAAAGACGAAAAUGUGAAGGAGGACUGUUGGAAAGAAACACAGAGGACUGGGAAGAGGCGAGGUGAGAGAGACACAAGCAGAGAUGAUAAAUACUUUGCUGUGAUACAGGAAUGUAAGAGAAUCAGAGUGAAAUAUUUAACCAACAGACAAUCAGAAACAAAAAGAAAGAAAGACCAUUUCUUCCUCAACACUAAAAGGUGCUAUGUGUAGCAUUUCAUUUGCAUCCUUGAGCUUACUGAGGUUGUACUAGUGUGAUUUGGAUUGAGGGAGGUCAGUGUUGGUCGGUUUGUCAUUUCUGCCCAGAGUAAAACACGAUCUCCAAAGCUGCACUUCGAUGUUACAUAGCAUGCUCACCUUUGCUAACCUGCAUUCUAAUCUCCUUAGCAUCAGCAUGCUAGCAUGCUAUGAUCUGUUUUGUGUUGUUAGCGCUCAGAAGAGGGACACAAUGUGUCGGCUCGAUGUACGUCAUGAGCCCGGGACAGAACAGCAUCAUCAAAUAAUGAUUAUUUCUACUAGCACGUGAGGAAAAAAGUAAUGCCUGCACAUUUAGUCCAUGUCAUACAACUUUAACGAAGAUAACU